CCCACCCGCACGAUGCUCCCCAGCGCCGUGGCGGCCCACGCCGGGGCGUACUGGGACGUGGUGGCUUCCUCUGCGCUCCUCAACUUCCCCGCAGCGCCGGGAUUCGGCAACCUGGGCAAGAGUUUCCUGAUCGAGAACUUGCUGCGGGCUGGGGGCGCCCCGCCGCCCGGGCUGCAGCCUCCCGCGCCCCACGGCCCGGUGGCCGCUUUAGCCACCGCCACCGCCGCCACCACCGCGGGCGCGCAGGUUCGGCCCCUGCCUGCCAGCCCCGUUCCCCUGAAGCUGUGCCCGGCCGCCGAACAAGUUAGCCCCGGCGGGGCGCCCUACGGCACGCGGUGGGCUUUUCAAGUGCUCAGCCCCUCGGCGGACGGCGUAAGGCUGCCAGGCCGGGUUCCGGGGGACCGAGACUGUACCUUCCAGCCUUCAGCCCCAGCACCUUCCAAACCUUUCUUCCUGAGUGCCCCACCAUUCUACUCGGCCUGCUGUGGUGGGUCCUGUCGGCGCCCUGCAUCCCCCACUGCUUUUCCAAGAGAAGAGAGCGUGCUGCCUCUCCUGACACAAGACUCUAAUUCCAAAGCUCGGAGGGGUAUUUUGAGAAGAGCCGUAUUUUCUGAGGACCAGAGAAAGGCUCUGGAGAAAAUGUUUCAGAAGCAGAAAUAUAUCAGCAAAACAGACCGAAAGAAACUUGCCAUCAACUUGGGACUAAAGGAAUCACAGGUGAAAAUUUGGUUUCAGAACAGAAGGAUGAAAUGGCGGAAUUCCAAAGAAAAGGAAGUGCUUUCCAACAGAUGUAUCCAAGAAGUAGGUCUUCAAGAGGAUUCCCUCUCUCGAUCUGCUCUGGGUUUCCCUUCUCCAUGUCCUUCACUCUGGGAAGUCUCCCAACAGCACUCAAGUCCAAGAUGGAGGGAGAAUUCACCAGAACCUCCAGAAAGACUAAUCCACGAGAGUUCAGGGGCACAGCCUUCAGAAGCAAAUUCACUACAAGGUGCCCUGUAUUUGUGUUCUGAAGAAGAACCUGGAGACAAGGGUGUACUUACUGCGGCCAUCUGAAUGGAAGCAUUCCUCCAUGUUAAUUUAAAAGAACACUUAACUAAUGUUUAGACUGUAAAGCCGGCUAGCUUGUGCCUCAUCAGUGCCUAAAACUAAUGGAGUGAUGCAUGAACUAAUGCUUUAGGAAACCCUCCCCAGUGUUCUCUUAUUUGGGUCCUAGACUCAGACUUAAUUUGUAAGUGGAAUAGAAUCGUCCAGAAGGAACUGAAAAGAAUGAGAGAAACAGUUGGCUCAGUCUCUGCUCUAAGUAUGUGUAUAUAUGUGUGUGUCUCUAUGUGUGUGUAUAUAUAUAAAUAUUCAUUAAAAUACAUUAAGAGAAACUAGUUUCUCUUUAAAUAUUGCAUUGAACAAAUUCAUUUCCUUUUAUAUGAAGAAAAACCAACCAUUAAUUUUUUAAAAUGUAAAAUGAAUACAAAUUUUGAUACCAUAAGAACAUGUUUCAAGAAAUCCUCUAUUUUCUAGUUUUUCAGUAUCCAGCAGUAAAUAAGUUUUAACAACUCAGCAGUCCUAAUCAAAUGAGCCACUGAUUACACUGAAAUUAUAAUAUAUAUUUAAAUUUAAUGCAACAAAUAAACUAGGAGAAUUUCUGAAUGUAACUAUUAGUAUCCAUAAUUUCCAAGCCUCUGGACUUUAUCAGGCCAUCAGUGACGGAGGUACCCAUUUAAUUAGUGAUUAUCUUUUAAUCUCUUCUCUGUAAGGAUGGGCCUUAAUCAGGGUUUGCAAAGUAAAAUGUCAUUAAGGGCCUGUCAGGUAAGAAAAGGGCAUGGCCCACCUAAAGAUAUUUAAGUUUAAUAAUUUUUAAAAUAUUGUAUUUGCCAAACAAGACAUCUGUGCCAAGCAGUUUGUAACCUCUGGCCAAGACUUAAAGAAGUGUCACAAUUCUUUAAAUGUUCCCAACUGGACUUUAAAACAUGAUACCGGUGGAAUCUAUAGUGAUUUCUGUUUGCAUUUCUAGUUAUAGACUCAAUUUUCCACUUAGGUGGUAUAUACUAUAUAUAUUAGGUUAUUUUUAUGUAUUAACAAAUACCAUACAGAUGUUUUAUGUUUUUUUGAGUCUCUGAAAUGGUAUUAUUAUAAAAUUGCAUUUCUGGUAACGAUUUGCUUAAUCUAGAAAUUUUUAUUCCUGGUCCAAGAAAAAAAUUAUGCUUCAUUUUGAAGGAAAUGAGGCAGAAAAAGGAAAUGAUGUGGUUUUGAACUAGGUUAUUACUAAUCUGUGGACAAGAAACAUUAUUAGAAGUUCAUGAUGUGGAAUUUUGCUGGUGAGAAAGCUACAUAAAGAGAGUGGCUUCUAAUUUGCUUAUGUUCUUAGCUAUAGACUUUGAGGGUUUAGGAUUUAGAAAAGAUAAUAUUUUACCACUAUGCUAUACACCUGAAACUAAUAUAAUAUUGAAUGUCAACUGUAAUUGAAAGAUAAAAAAAAAGUGUAAGAAAAGAAAAGUCAGUAUUUCUGAAGAUAAUAGUUUUAGUCAGCAUCAGGAAAUUAUUUUAUAUGAAUAGAAUUUGAAUUGGUGUGUGCCAGCCUAUCUUUAUCACAAGAUCUUUUAUUUAAAAGUCAUCUCAGAGGAAGCUUGUCUCAGUGCCUCUUUGUGGGAAGUAGAGGUAGGGAUCUGCUGACAACAAUUUAACUUUUAAAACUUGAAAAAGAUUUUUCUUUAUUUUUCAAUUACAGUUAACAUAUGGUAGUAUAUUAGUUUCAGAUGUACAUCAGUGAUGAGACAUUUAGAUAACUUACGAAGUGACAACUUCUGAAGUGAUCACCCCGAAAAAUGAUUUAUAGUGUGGCUUCUUUUCUUUGUUUGAUGUUAACCUCAUUUACAUUUAUUGGGUCCUUUCUAUGUGCUAGAGACUGUGCUAAGCCUUUAGGGUAGGUUACCUCAUUUAAUCCUAGUGACAAUAACCUUAUAAGGUAGGUACUAUUGCUGUCAGGAUUCCUGUUACCCAGACAAGGGACCUGAGGCUGUGUGGUUAGGGUGAUUGCCCAUGGUCAUGAGGUUAAUAUUAACCAAUGGGAUUUGGACCCUGGCAGUCAAGUUUCAAAUCUUGAAAUCUUACCAACCAUGUGGGGGUGUAUACCACUGUGGAAUGUAUUCACCCAGCAAUGGGAUGCAUUGUUAUGACAUACAUUUGGGGGAUUGCCAUGAGAUUUAUUAAAGAAAUUCAGAAGCACAUUAUACUUUACAAUCUCUUAUUUGGGGAAUGGUUUUCUCUUAAGUAGUCUUUUAAUUUUGAAGUUUAGGAAAGUAAAGAAUUGCAAAAGCCCUUAUGACGCUUCCACAGAGAAUGACCCCAUAGGAGUGUUUAAGUGUGAAAUGGAAAUGUAUUUUUUGAUCAUUCACUGCUAAAAAUCAUAAAGUACUUAUUGA